AUGUAUCAACGGCGCCAACUUGAUGGUCGAGGCAGUGCUGCCGUCGCGACAACGUCCAUUCGAGCUGGCGCAUGCGUGGUACGGUGCGACCCAACCGCUGCAGUGCCGCUGGACAUGGCAUCUACAUGUGCCUACUGCUUUGCACCCGGUGCCAGACGAUGUGGUCUGUGCAAAAUCUUGCAUUACUGUAGUCGCCCAUGUCAACUUGCCGACUGGAAGGUGCACGCCGUCGAGUGCACCUACCUCGCAAAACACUUGCAGGCCAACCCCAUGACCCCCACGCUGCUGUUGGUCAUUCGUUUGCUUCGGUCCGAAGCGUCGAUGGCUGCCGUGCAGCACCUCGUGUCGCACUUGGACAACCACACCGCCAACAAACUCGACGACUACCGCGCCAUGGGCAUGUUGGUCUUGUCCAUCAUGACUCGCAUGCAACUAAAGACCCCAGUUCCUUCCCUGGAGAGCGUCAUGACGGUGUUCGGCCAGCUCAAUUGCAACGCGUUCACCGUGUGCACGCCCGAGCAGGUUCCUGUGGGCAUUGGAAUGUUUCCAGACGCCGCGCUGCUCAACCAUUCGUGUGCGCCCAACUGCAUCCUGGUGUUUCACAAGCGUCAAUUGUCCAUUCGAGCGAUUCGUGACGUGGCCGUGGGCGACGAACUCACGAUCUCGUACAUUGAACUCAUGACGUGUCACGCCGAGAGACAAGCAGAGCUCCAAGCGUCGUAUUUUUUCACGUGCUGCUGCACUCGUUGCACUACACCCGAAGAUCCAGCAAUCACAUCUCUCCUUCAGCCGUUGAGUGACCAUACAUUUGCCGACGAAACUGAAUGCAGCGGAGACGCCGUGUUGAGCCAACUGCUCCGUUUACAAGCCCAAGCAGACUCCAUGGAACAGUCUCACGAUACCCGCGGCGCCGUGGACUGCCGGCUACAAGCGGUCGCCCUCGCUCGGAAAUUGUACGGUCCUCGACACGCCGCGCUCACAUUAGCUCUCGAAACCACGGCGAACCUCAUCACCAGCGCCGAGCACGCCGCCGUCGCCACUCCGUCGGACGUACGGCAUGCGAUCACCGCGUACCGCCACGUCCUAGCCAACCAGUCUCGACUGUACUCGACUUUCCACAUGCAGGCGUUUCAAGGGCUGUGCCAGCUCAAGUAUGCCCGUCUCCUGCAUCAACAUCCGGAUGAUGAUGACGCCGUCGCGUCAUUGCGCGAGGCCUGUCGCAUGUUGACGUUGUCCCAUGGAGAUGACUGCCCUCUCGUCCAGGACGCCAUCGCGCUCCUUCACGACACCCAGCGCGAUCAGCAUGUCCGUCGUUCGUCGUCCAUGGGAUAACACUUAUGUAGUAAAAGUGUUCUUGUACCA